UGUACACAUUCUCAAUCCGAAAGUCACAGGGCUUUUGUUCAUUUAUGGGUUUCCCUGCAAGUGUGCGGGGUCUGCCGUUUUGUGUGUUUUGGCCGUUUUGGCUGAACAGCAUGUGUGUGUGGAAAACAACAUGAACGUUUCACCGAGCGAUAAUCGAGUGCAGAACACUGCACAUAUCAUUUUCAGUAUAGCUUGAAACUGUUAUUUCCUGGAAAUGCAUCGCCUGGUCCGCGUUUCGACCGACGCUGAACUUCGUGACAGGAGAUGCUGCCCCAGUCUUUCUGCUGCCAUACCCAUUCAGUGUAUGAAACCUAUGCUUGUGCGGAUGCUCGCAUAUGAGUGAUUGUUGGGCGACUGUGCUAACGUUUCGUGCCCGUUCGUUACGUCCACUAUUCCCUUCGACGAGAGACGGUCGGCGUGUUGUGCUUUGGCAUUUGCAUCGAUUGAACAGCAGUACAAAUGGCCGAGACGGAGAAACCGUUCGCUUGCGAUGUGCCUGGCUGUGGAAUCAAGUUUGUCUGCGAAGACAAGCUGAGGAGCCACAAGAGAAGACACAAGAUGAUGCUGUCAUUGAAUGUUGCGAACACAGGCGCCGGCCCAAGAAACUGCAUUGAGCAAACUCCAACGCCCACGAGAUUUAUGGAAAUAAUCGAAGAUGCAGGCCUGUUUCAAGAACUACAACCUGAUUUCACUACCCCUGAGCCUGUUCAUUCGGUCAAUCCAUUUGAGGCGGACUUUCGCAGGGCCUUCGAGUGGGGAAAUCGUUACAAAGGUAAACUGGCCAUCGUGCACGAGCCAAGCCAUAUCCCUAGCACGAGCGAGCCGCUGAACACGCCCUGCAUUAUACCUGUCACUGCAGACCCCAUUUCACUGCGGGCUGAGUUCACUCCAGGUGCAGCUGUUAUUCCCGAAUUCGGACCAGCCCUUUUACCCACUCCCAAAGUGGAAGUAUCCAGUGACAGUGCAAGUACACCUUCUAGUGCUUCGAUUGCUGGUGAUAGCUGUAGUUCACCUGAAGAAGCGACAGUGGUUACAGCUGCUGCUCCCAAUGAAAAUAAGUUGUUGUGUACCACAGUCGGUGACAAACCUUCCGUGCUUCAGGCGAACCAGACCACCAAGGCACAACCUACUGUGACUGGGCCAACUACUGCUAACAGCAUUCUAGCUGCUACUAGCCCUGUUGUUCAAGUGCUUCCAGGAGUUUCUCGAAACCACGUGACACCAGUUGUAGCCCCUGUCAUGGGAACACCUGUUACUCCUAUCGCGCCAUCCAUAAACUCUCUGCCUGGCUCCAAGGCGACCACCAUCAUUACUCCUUCUAACAUUAUUCAGAUUAGAGACAGUGUCCAGCUGUUGAUUGUUGCCAACUCUGCUCCCGCCGGGGGUGCAACAACGCAAUUGCCUGCUGCGCCUGCUCCUCUCCUGCAACAGAAUGUCGAAAGGGACCCACUGGUUGUCAAAGGCCUUAGUAGUCUCACCGACAAACAGAGGGCAAAAAAAUCUACGCUUUCCACGCCUAAUGUUAUUAAGCGCCCAAUUCUGCCAUCAUGCCCAAAUCUGGAUGACAGCAACAGUAACUGUGUAAACAUGAUCAUUGACGAGGAACGGAAGAAGAAAAACAGAGAACACAACAGGUAUGCUGCUCAGAGAUCCCGACUUAAGAAGAAGCGCCAAAGUGAGGCCAUGAGAAAGGAAUUGGACGACUACAAGAAGCUGUGCGCUGAUCUCACUGCACGAAACAUGGAAUUGAUGAACCAGAGGUCUAUGUCGAGAGAGACAGAACUUAAGUACAAGGAUGAAAUUUUCAAGCUCAAGAAACAGCUGGCCUUGCACAGCAGCUGCUCUGUUACUUUGGAACUACAAAAGAAAGAGGAAGACAACCAGAGGAAUCAGGCAAAGCCAAAAACAGAAAUUGUUACUCAGAUUCCUGCCCCUCUGACAUUUCAGAGAGCAUUGGCAUUGCCAUUGCAAACUGAGCUGUCGCUCAUCGUUACCACAAAGGAUCCACUGACAAGAAGUGUUUUGAAGUGACGAGUGAAUAGAAAAAAAAAACGAUGCUUCCAUUUUGUGCCUUCCCAACCCUUUGCUGGAUAAUCGACUUGUCAAUUAUAACUAGAUAGAUGACCCAUUAUUUUGUUGAAUCCUGCUGCCUUGUCUCCUAUUAUGUAGCAACAGAAAUCACAUGGACGCACAAAAUUCCCUCUCAUUGUCCCCGUGAUGUCUCAUGUUAUCCAUUGAUGUG